AUGGAACUUGUGACAGGCCUGGUGCACCUCCAAGAGGAAUCUAGCUGCCCUGUCUGUCUGGAUUACUUGAAAGACCCAGUGACUAUAAACUGUGGGCACAACUUCUGUCGCUCCUGCAUCAACAUGAUGUGGAAGGAUCUAGAUGAUACCUUCCCCUGUCCUAUCUGCCGUUUUUGCUUUCAUAACAAAAGCUUCAGGAGCAACCGCCAGCUCAGUAAUUUGACUGAAAUUGCUAAACAACUGCAGGUCAGAAGGAGCAAGAGGAAAAGGCAGGAAGAGUAUUCCAUGUGUGAGAAGCACAAUCAGUUUCUGACCCUUUUUUGUGGGAAGGACCUAGAGGUUUUAUGUACACAGUGCAAUUUCUCUGUUCAACAUCAGAAACACUACAUUUGCCCCAUUAAGAAAGCUGUCUCUUUUCACAGGAAAGUUCUAGAAUAUAGCCUUGAGCCCUUGAAGGACAACAUGGAACAAGUAGAAAAAGUGAUAAGUCUUCAAGCCAGCAAAAUAGUGGACCUGAAAAAGAAGGUAGAGUAUAGGAGAGAAGAAAUCAUUUCUGAAUUUGAGCAAAUUAGACUGUUCCUACUGAAUCAGCAGGAGACUCUUCUUAGGCAGAUGGAAGAUGAAGAGAGGGACAUUUUAACAAAACUAAAUGAAACCCGAAGAACAUUUUUAAAUCACGUUUCCACGUUAAAACAUCUGCUGAAGGAGGUAGAGUGCAAGUGUGUGCAGUCAGAGCUGGAAUUACUGACCCGCGUUAAGGGUAUCUACUACAGGUAUCAAGACCUAAAAUAUCCUGAGCUCUUUGUGUUCCAGCUAAAGAAAUACGGCUUUAGCCUUCCUCCACAGUAUUCUGGCUUGGACAGAAUGAUCAAGCCAUUUCGAGCAGAUGUGAUUCUAGAUCUCGAAACAGCACACCCUCAGCUUAUUGUCUCUGAGGAUAGAAAAAGUGUGAGAUAUGGAAACAAAAAAACUCACCUUUGUUACAACCCAAGGAGAUUUUAUCUCCGCCCUGCUGUCCUGGGUUCUAGGAGAUUUAGUUCUGGCCGGCAUUACUGGGAGGUAGAAGUGGGAAACAAGCCUAAAUGGACCUUGGGGGUGUGUCGAGACUGUUUUUCUAGGAAUUGGGGGAAUAGGGCGGUAGCUGAGGGUGGAUUGUGGGCAAUUGGGAGAUGUUUUGAAAGCAUUUAUGUUAUUCUGGGUCAUAAAAGAACCCAGCUUCUGCCUGUAGUAAGACCCAGUAAGAUUGGCAUUUUUCUGGACUGUGAGUUGGGUGAGGUUUCCUUUUACAAUAUGAAUGAUAGAUCUCUUCUCUAUAAUUUUAAUGAUUGUUUUAUAGAAACCGUUUGUCCCUAUUUCUAUAUUGGAGUAGAUCCUGAACCCCUUAAAAUCUCUUCAGUAACAGAUGAUGAACGAUGA